AUGUGGGCGCCCACAGGACUCCGACCAUCAGCCUUUGCGUCGAUAGACCCGCUGCAAGUCAAGGAUGACCCGGAAGCACCGGGGCGCUUCGUCAGAACACUAGUCACAUCCGAAAAAGUGUUCGCCGUGCCAGGCGAGAGUUUCUAUGCCAGAAUUCCACAGAAUUCAUGGUGCUAUUAGUUUAG